AUGUCAUUUCGUAGAAGUAAUUUCGGUAGAUUCACAAGCUCAACUGCGAAUGAGAGUUAUCAACGUCAGCUCACCGCUCCAGUGAACAAAUGGAGAAAACAAUGGGUUUCACCUACUGGAUUAGCACCCGAGAGUUCAUACAAGAUAUGUAAAUGGGUUAAACAGAAGGAAAAGGCUAAACUUGCGGGCGCUGCUGAAGGUGACGAUAACACGCCAGCACCUGAAGGAGAGGAGAAUGAAGGCGACGAGAAUGAUGAAGGGGAAGACCAAGAGAUGGACGAAGAUAAUCAAGGUGACGAAGAGGGCGAAGCUGAAGGAGAAGAAGGUGAAGGUGAAGGUGAUGGGGAAGCUGUGCCUACAGCAACUGGAGUUGCAGCACAAACCCCUGUUCCUGGAAUGAUAUCGACAGAAACAGAUAUACCCACAGCAACCUCGACUUCAGUCCCUCAACCGUCUGAACCUAUAGUGGGGGAAUCAGGACCAGAACCAGUGACAGCAAAAGUAACCGAAACCUCCCCUACAGCUGAACAAAUCUCUUCUGAACCCAGAGCUACCGAAGAGAUAGAAAGAGCACCGGGAUCACAACCACAAGAAUCACAUGAAGCACCUAUACCACCUCAUAAUCCUAUACCUUCAAAUGCGAUUGAAAUUACAUCCGUAGCUCCAACAUCGACCGAAACCGGAUUAGGUACAAUAGGCAUGUCUGAUACUUCUGUACAACUAGAAACUCGUCAUGCUGAGGAUACAGCAGAUGAGAAGAUGGAUGUUGAGGAACCCGUACAGAUGGAGGAGAAAGACAAGGGUUUGGUUCAUGGUGAAAUGGAAGCUCCUACUGAAGCUCUGGAAAUGACAGAAGUAGAUGAAACUAAAGAAGUUGAGAAGGAACAAAUGUAG